GCGGGAGCGCGGAGCUCGGGGGCGCGGGCAGCGGCGCGGGACCAGAGGCCGGGACGUGGCAGCCGCCUCGCCCGCCACAAAGUUUCCAGGAGUUGGCUGCGCGCGGGCGCAGGGCCGGCGGGCUGGACCAUGAACGUGUUCCGUAUCCUCGGCGACCUGAGCCACCUCCUGGCCAUGAUCUUGCUCCUGGGGAAGAUCUGGAGGUCCAAGUGCUGCGCGGGUAUCUCUGGGAAGAGCCAGAUCCUUUUCGCUCUCGUCUUCACCACUAGGUACCUGGACCUGUUCACCAACUUCAUCUCCAUCUACAACACAGUGAUGAAGGUGGUUUUUCUCCUCUGUGCCUAUGUCACAGUGUACAUGAUCUAUGGGACAUUUCGGAAAACGUUUGAUAGUGAGAAUGACACAUUCCGCCUGGAGUUUCUUCUGGUCCCGGUCAUUGGCCUCUCCUUCCUUGAGAACUACAGUUUCACUCCCCUGGAGAUCCUCUGGACUUUCUCUAUCUACCUGGAAUCAGUGGCCAUCCUGCCCCAGCUCUUCAUGAUCAGCAAGACUGGCGAGGCUGAGACCAUCACUACUCACUACCUGUUCUUUCUCGGGUUGUACCGGGCACUCUACCUGGCUAACUGGAUCAGGCGGUACCAGACUGAGAAUUUCUAUGACCAAAUUGCAGUGGUGUCUGGAGUAGUACAAACCAUCUUCUACUGUGACUUCUUCUACUUGUACGUGACCAAAGUCCUUAAAGGAAAGAAGUUAAGUCUCCCAAUGCCAAUUUGAGGGCCCUGAGAUGUUCUACACCUCAACAAGUACAUGGAGCAAACUAUAUGAAAUGUUCUCCUGGGUGACUUAUACAUGACUCAGACCAAACAUUAAAAUUAAAGCCAGAAAAAUGCUUAGCAUGGACUUCAGCAAAGCACUGAUCAUUCCAUCUAGAAGACAUUCUCAUCAAUAAUAUCUCCCUUAAAGAGGUAAUGAAAAACCUCAAAUAUGGUGCCUCACAACAUCAACUGGAACAUCAAGAAACCUUAGGUGACAAACCCAUGAAUGGGUCAAAUAAACUACCGCUUUCUAAGGUGCUAGUGGGAGACUUAUGCAAAGAAACAAGUCAAUCCCAAUCUGGAAAGAUAUUCCUCUGUGUAUAAGGCCAAUGUCCCAAAUGAAGACCACAGGCCAAGUAUCAGAAGUCUGCUGUUGUGGUAAUCUUCACCUUCUAGGUAGGAGACCACAAAAUUUAGGCAAUCAAGCUAUGAAGGUGAUAGCCAUAUGGGUGUGAAAUAUUAUUUCAUUUCUAACCUGCCUUCAAGCCACAAGCAAACCAAAUUUACCAGCUUUGGCUAGAUUUAAGUAGUUUCGUGCCUCACCUUUAAAACUGACUUGAUUCUUACUGUGGCUCACAGUAGCCCCACACUCAUUACUUAAAACCAAAUAACAACCUACAUGGGUACCAUUAGCACGAUGAUCGUUUUACUGAUGAGGAAACAGAUACCCAAGCCUUUACCUACCAGGUAUUCUGUCUUGUUGCUUUGUAACUCAAAUUUUUGCAUUAAGACCAAUCAAUCCCACCUCCCUUUCACAUUUUUAGGUGCUAAGGUGACUAGUCAAUCCAACAUCCUCAACCUUGGUCUUGAAGCAAAUAAAAACUGUAAGAAGACUACUCUUGGACUACAGUCAAUUUUUAAGCAAUAAAAAGUUCACACCUUAUUGUCAACAGUGUUUUAUUUAUACCUACAAAAGAAAACAAGAUGGUAUCAAAAGGACAAUUUACAAACUAAGAAUAGUAACAUAGCUCUUAGCAUCCUGUGCCUGAACAUCACACAUCUACAAAUCUUUCAAGUCUUAACGCAACAGGAAUGUGUUGAGAGACCAGCAAAGACAUGAAUAGAGCACUGAUCCCAAGCAAAAGCCACCAACCUUUUAGAUGAGAUAAGUCCACACAAUGAAUUGUUAGGGAGGGAUUGGGGAGAAGCAGCCCCAUAGGUUAAUAUUGAAAUCUUUUCCCUAAGUGAGUUUUAACCAUGACUGCAAUAACUAGCAUCAGAUGAGGACUCUUCUGCUCAUGUUCUGAAGCAAAGACAGAACCUGAAUUAUGAGUGACAGACAUGGAGGCAGAAGAGUUAUUCUAGAGCUAUACAGGAAAAACUCUGCUCAAUUUCAGCUGUAAUCGGGCCACAAUAGCUUUUGAGAUUUUGGAUAUGCUGUUAUUUUGACUUGAUGAUUGCCAACAUCCCUGGUGGAAAAAAGGAAGCAAGCAGCAGACCAAACACCCACUGCUUGCCCAGAGACCUCUCCUGGGAAGGGAUGCUUUUCGGACCUGCAAGAGAGUAGGACAUCCCCUGUGGUGGCACCUCUUUUUUU